AUGUUCAUGGCAAGAUCGGAAUACGACCGGGGCAUAAACACCUUCUCCCCAGAAGGCCGCCUCUUCCAGGUCGAGUACUCCCUCGAAGCCAUCAAGCUCGGAUCCACCGCCAUCGGCGUUGCCACCUCCCAAGGCGUCGUUCUCGGCGUCGAGAAGAGAGUGACGUCGACGCUGCUCGAGACCUCAUCUGUGGAAAAGAUUGUCGAGAUCGACCGCCACAUUGGUUGUGCCAUGUCCGGCUUGCAGGCCGAUGCCCGUUCCAUGGUCGAGCACGCCCGCGUCGAGUGCCAGAGCCAUACCUUCAACUACAAUGAGCCCCUCGGCGUGGAAAGCUGUACGCAGGCUAUUUGCGACUUGGCGUUGCGAUUUGGCGAGGGCGCCGACGGAGAAGAGACCAUCAUGAGCAGGCCCUUUGGCGUGGCGUUGCUCAUUGCCGGGUUUGACGAGCAGGGUCCUCAGCUGUUCCACGCUGAGCCGAGUGGUACAUUUUAUCGCUAUGAUGCAAAGGCCAUCGGCUCUGGCUCAGAAGGCGCUCAAGCAGAGCUUCAGAACGAGUAUCACAAGUCUCUCACCAUCUCAGAUGCCGAAACUCUGGUCUUGAAAACUCUAAAGCAGGUCAUGGAGGAGAAGCUCGACGCCAAGAACGUGCAGCUGGCCAGUGUUACUAAGGAAAAGGGUUUCAGAAUAUACACCGACGACGAAAUGGCUACCGUUGUUGAGAGACUGCCAGCAAAUUGA